CUAAGAUGCGCUAGGCGAUUCUCCGCCAUGCGCGCCCUGCAGAAUUUCUGGAGCCAUGCCAGCAACCUGCUGGCGCCUAGAGAGACUGCGGUGAAACGGAUCUAUGUGGCCAGUCAGGAGGACGCAGCCGAAGAUGCGGAACUGGAGCCUUCCCCAGCCGUGCUCAGCCCACAUCACUCUGGACCCACGGGCCCUUCUUCUACGUGGCUCAGUUCAGGGGCGCAAGCAGCGGAUGUGAAGCUGCAGGUGGAACCCAGCCCACCCAGUGAUGGCGACCCCUUCCAGCAGACGGACACCACCGCACUGCCGCAGGGCGGGUCUACAGGAGAACGGCGGGUAAGCUUUGAAGCUACGAAGAUCCAGGCGCAAAUGCGCGAGCCGCGCUACGAGCAGCGCCAGCGGUAUGAGCAUAGUCGGCGCCCGGAAUGGAAGGAUCCUCCAUCCAUGAUGCAUCUGGGGCCCGGGACUGAGAGCAGCCUGGCCACCGCCGCAUGGGGAGAUGAUUUGGAUGGCUUGGAUGCCCUAAGAGAUCCUACGGAAGUCUUGACUGAGCAGCUGAAAAGAUGGAACAAACACAUGACAGCGCAGGAAAGUCAAGAACCCCGACCUUGGAAUGGCAACGUGAGAAUGACUUGGACCAUUCACAUGAACCUCGACGUAUCCCCCCGGGCUGGAGACUUCCCUGAGACUCAGCUGGCUGCAUGACGGAAUUGAAGGACCAAAA